UCCGUGAUUUUGCCAAUAAAGACUGCUAGUGGCUCUGAAUUUUGAGGUCAGCCCAUCAAUAGUUAUCUUAAUUAAAUUAAAUUAAAAUAAACUAAAAACCAAAUGACUAAAAUAUGUGACCCCAUCAUCUGAUUGUUGAUUUUGAUUUUAGCUUGCCUAUGGCUGUGUGCAAACUUUAAGGGUGGGAUUUGAUAUUGUUUCCUUGUACAAAGUUGGAAAGAUGACUGAAAACAAAUGGUUGAAUCGCAUCAUCAUGUUGGAAACAGUCGCUGGGGUCCCAGGUAUGAUAGCAGCAAUGGCACGACAUUUUCACUCGCUCAGGAAACUUACAAGGGACCAUGGAUGGAUUCACACCCUGUUAGAGGAGGCUGAGAAUGAAAGAAUGCACUUGAUGACAGCCUUGGAACUAAAGAAACCUGGAAUUCUAUUCAGAGGGAUUAUACUUCUUGCACAAGGUGUCUUCGUAAACCUUUUCUUUAUAGCUUACAUUCUCAGCCCAAGGUUUUGCCACAGAUUUGUAGGAUAUCUGGAGGAAGAGGCUGUCAAGACUUAUACUUACUGUUUGAAGUGCAUUGAUGACGGAACUCUGGCUGUGUGGAACACAAGGCCUGCACCUACUCUUGCUGUGAACUACUGGAGGCUUAAGGAAGGAGCAGUAAUGCGUGAUGCGAUCUUAGCAAUACGAGCUGAUGAAGCACAUCACAGGCUUGUGAAUCAUACUCUGAGCUCCAUGCAUCUCAACGAGAAGAACCCAUUUUCACCAGGCCAAAAGAAAUUAUGAGAACUGUAAACUACUGUGUAAUGUCUGGUACUACACUACUUGCAAAAAAUUUCGGACGUUUUAUUUUCCGACACGUUGCUGAAACAUAGUCUAAGUCUAUUUACGACAACAAAACACCAAUUAGAUUGAGACAACAUCUAUGAAAAUGAUAGUUUCACUGCACACUCAAGGUUUUACAGAUACACCGACGAAAAAGAAAUAUAAGCGUUGACGUAUUUCUAGCCGUGUUUCGACUAGAGUUCGCUCCAUAAAGGAAACUAAGAGCUUUGGCGCUAUUUAAAAGUUUUAUACUGUACUGUAACUGAAUAUUUCGGACGCUUAAAAAUUUCUGACAGCUUUAUUUUCGGGCACUUUUUUUGCCCGAAAUCAAAAUCGUCCGAAAUUUUUUGCAAGUGAUGUACUUAAAUUACAUUUAACAAUGUGUGAAGUCACUGCAAGUGAUCAAUCUUACCAGCAGUGUCGUAUUACAUAGCUGCAAGCAAAUCCGUUGUGGAUAAAAAAUCCUUAAAUGAAAAGGUCGGAAACCUGCUUUAUAUAGUGUAUUCAAAAGUUAAAUAUUUUAAAUAUCGAAAUAAAGAAUCUCGAUGUCUGUAAAUUUGUUGAUUAUUCAACUAUUAACAAUUGUUAUUAGUCUAUUGAACUUCUAGUAGAUAGAGUCCAGUUCUGACACACUCUUUUGCACAUCGCUCUAGACUAAUUGCAGUCUGUUAUCAGGCAGAGA